UCACACGGCCUAUAAAACCCGUGAAACGUGGAGAAAACAGUCUGACCAAGCGGCACGAAACAUCUGUCAAAACUCUAUUUCACUGUGAAAUCAAUUAACUCACUUCAUCAACAACACCAUGAAAACAGGACCUCUCGUCGUAACCACAGCACUGAUGGCUGUGCUGUGUGUGUGUGAGGCUGUCAGGUUUGGUCAAAUCUGCCAAGGAAACCCAAGAAACAGAGUGAGGGGCGAAGACUCUUUCGGACAUGGGCACUUCCAUUCACAUGGACAUGGCCAUCAGCACACAGGGGUGGAUAUUGAGUGCAACGAUGGAGCGACUGUCUUCGCUCCAUUUGAUGUGACCAUCCAGAGAAGGGUCGAUGUUGAAGGCGUGGACCCCCGCAUGGUGGGCAUCAGCAGCGGAAUCGAACUCACUGGACAAGGUCUGUGUUUCAGGAUGCUAUUUCUGCAGCCAGUCCAGACCACUGGAACUGUGAAGAAGGGAAAGAAGCUGGGGACCAUGUCACGUAUGCAGACCGUUCACCCUGGAAUCACCUCCCACAUUCAUUUCGAGAUGUGCGAUGGAUCUGACCCAACGAGAUACUUCCAGUGACCCGCUUGAGAUAUUUUUAUACAUUCAUUGGCUGUAACAUGUUGAGCUUUCAUUAAAAUUGCUCUUGCCAGACUA